AUGCUCUUACGGAGUUCGACGGAAGCUUCAGUAUCAACGCAACAGCUCACUUGUCAAUGCACAUGCGUGAUUGAGACGGAGUCGGACUCGGAUAAUGAUAGUGACAAUGAAUGCAACAAAAUUGGUAAUGAGGUAGCAGGUGAAAAUGGGUUACGUGGUGGGUCAUCUCGUCCACCACCUUCAAAAUGGUCCAAAUCGUUGUCUUUACAGACUGCAUCUGAAUUAAUACAGAAUUCUCAAGCUUUGCAUAAUGCUGAGAAUCUACGACAAGCGACAGUCUUAGACAAUGUCUUUUGUAGCUUAUAUGAUGUGGACACAGUGCUUCAUACUGUACAAAGGAGAGAAGAACGGGGUCAGUUUACUCCACUGCAGAAGUUGUUGUUAGCACCCGAGUCUGUUGAGCAGGUUUUUGGUUAUGCGACAUCGGGUCGUACAAUGUACCCAAAUGGUCAAGAAAAUAGGCAACAAUAUGAUGAAAAAGACCCAAAUAGGCCAAACGCAGCAACAUAUCGACAAGCUUUCGUGGCAACGGAGAUAAUUCUCCACUUUUAUCUUAAAGUGGUGGCGUGGUACGGAGAACCCAAAGCGGAUUUGAUGGAAGAUAGUGGAAAAGUAGUUGAUACAGCGAUGCAGAAGGGUACAAAACAAGAGGCAAUACCGAAACAAUCACGUACUGAAUGUACCGAACAAACAGUGCCAUUGACUCAAGCAUCGCCGAGUAAGGCGACCAGUUUAAUGGACUUUCAAAGCAAUACAUCGACGAGAAAAAUGGCAAGAAUUCAACGUCUACGAGCGAAUAUGAGGUUUGAAAGCUCGGGAAGCAGCAUUUCGGAUUUUAGUGGUGAUGGCAAUGGUUUGAUUGAGGAUCCAAGCACGCGUGGGUACUUACUACGGUUUGAUGAUUUGACAGCAAAUGAGUGGAAACGAAUUUUUGGAAAGCUGUUUUUGUGUUUCUGUCCACAAUUGAAAUUUGAUGGAGACGAAAAAGGGGAAAACAGUGAUGACGGCGUAGAAGUUGACAGUGUUUUAGCUGCCAACAUGUGCACGAUAACGAAAAAUUUUGUCGUUUUUCCCGGUGUGCACAGGCUUAUUUGCGACGAAGAUAAAGCUGAUGAAAAAGAGUGGCUAAUAUCACGUCUAGCAGCCCAUGCAUACAAUCCAGACAUUGCAUCGCUGUUGCAUGGACUGAUCCACCUUUCAUUCCGUCGUGGUUUUGAUUAUUUUUUUGAUAAUUCGCUGUCUGGUCCAGCGAAUUGUGGAGCAUGUGCCGACUCGAUUAGUCAGAUCACUUUCUUCUGCGUCCUUGACGUCGACGGUAUCGUCGACAGCGUCAGCGUCUCCGCGAUCGUCGAUUGA